UGGAUGACCUUUCGCUCAACGAUAAAACCAUUAGCGAUGACCUUUGGGCAACUCCAAUGGUCUCAGGUGAAUCGAACGAAUCGUACUUCACGGACGACGAAACGACGAUGAAUACGUCGUUCCAUACCGCUAUGAAAGAAGCUGACCGUGCCGAGGGUAUGACACUAUUUAAGGACAUACCCGAGCACCUUAUUGAACGGACACAAUAUGGGAAGAUCAUCAACGUACGAUCACCGUCACCGAACAGUCCCACAUCAACCCUGAAGAGUCGUUUAAAGGAAUUGGAAAACGAACUCGCAGCCAAGGAAAGUCAGGUUAGGAAGCUGAAACAAGAACAUCGGGACAAACAGACUUCCAUGGAAGCUCGGUUAUAUGAACUGGAACAACAACAGGGCGACCUGGAAAGUGCAGCGGACGAAUGGAAAAUCAAAUUUGAGCGACAAAAAGAACUCGCAGAGGAGUACUUGAGAAUGGUAGAUGACAGAACAAUGGAAGGUCAUCUCGCAGUUAGCGACCUCAGUGAGAGCAUGUCGGAAGAAUCAGCUGAAAGGUCACGGCACUUAGCCGAAUUGAAGGAGGAAUGUGACCAGUUACGUCAAAAGGUCACUGAAGCUGAAGCUAAACGAGACGAAUACGCGCCUAACUUCCCGGAGGUUACCCAACGAUUGUCGAAGCUGGCAGCGGAAACAUUUAAGCUAAGGAACGAACUGAAUUCACGUGAUGAAGCCAUCAGCAUCCUGCAGAAUGAGUCGAAAGGUCACCAGAAACGCGCUGAUGAAGCGGAGAAUAAACGAGAGGAAGCAACCAAAGUGGCACGGGACUUGCGAGAUCUUGUAGCCACCGAAGGAGAACGACUCAAGAAUGAGAUCAAAAAGGUCACUGAGGAGAACAAAAAGGUCACCGAAGAUUGCCAAAAAGCCACAAAGGAAGGUCUUAAGUGGCAAAACGAGGCACGUCGGUUGGACACAAUGGUUACAGUAUUGGAAGUGAAAGAGAAAGAAUGGCAACAACAAAUAGCCCAACAGAAGCAAGAAAACGUAAAGGUCACUAAUGAACUGUAUGAAAUGACAAGAACAGUGAUGAGCAAAGAUGACGAAGUAACCGAAGUCAGAACUCAGCUGAAAUUAGCUGCUGAGGGAUAUCAAAAACUGGAAGGAGAGGUGGCCCAGUUGGCGGAACAUAUCAAAAAGAUGGAAAGCAACACUGAAAAGAUUGUUCAAGAGAAGACCUUUCAACUCCACCAGCAUAAGUUAAAGGUCAAAGAGGAAAACCAGAAACUGAAAAUUCAGAAAGAAGAAUCCGAGUUGAAAAUCAAACGCCUGGAAGAUGAGAAUAAAGCCCUCAAUAUGUCCAACAAACAUAAGGAUGAACAGCUCUUACAAUAUGGAGCCAAAACGGCCACAGUGGAAUCUCCUCCGCCCAGUUACAGUAAGGCACAAGAAACGUGCAAAAGCUACCACUUUGAAAUGCCGUUACGAACCGGUACUGGCAAAGGAGGCGCAGUCAAGACGGAACCUAAUGACGAAAAGGUCACCGAAGAUGAUCAGAUAUCAGAUGGGUUGCCAACCUUUGAUGAAACCUCACGGUUUACCCGCACCGUCGAAACAAAGGUCAUCGUAGAUGAAGAACGAGGGGAUGAACAACCUCGCCAGCGGGAACGCCAGAGACGUUCCGCUAAGACACGAGUGCGACGGAAUCAAGACAGUGACAGCGAUAGUACUGAAGAAGAUAGUCAGGAGACAGCUAAGGAAUUAACAAAGGCACUUAAUUCUAUGGCGAGGAAAACGAACCUCGCGACCUUUGAUGGUAGCCGUGAUGCGGUGACUGGUUGGACACGUUUAGUCAGAGACACCCAGAAGACGUAUCAACUAACCGAUGACCAAAUAAUGAUUGAGAUAGCCAGUGCGGUGAAAGAACCUGCAAAAAUAUGGUUUGAAGGAGAAAGGGAAAUCGCACUCGAAGAAGAAGAAGAGUAUUCGGUAACGGAAUGGCUGAACAAAUUUAAAGACGAAUAUGGUGACCGUGAUGAAGAAGUCCUUGGCUUACAAGUGCGAACGCCAACCGAUAUCAAGGACUUCUUCCGGACUUGGUCAGCCGGAGAAGACCGAUACAAAGUGCCAAAAGGUCAACGCACUCAGGAGUACGCGACCAUCGCACAGGGCAAGUGGAAUCGAUACCACAGCAACGAUACGCAGCUGCACCAGUUCAGCAGCCAGUGGAACAUCGCGUGGAAGCCCCAAAUCAGCAGGGGAAUGGCAAUUACGGAAACGGAAAUGGCGGUGGCCAGAAUAACGGCGGCUACGGCCGUGGUGGCUUCGGCCGCGGGGGCUUCAGAGGAAGAGGCGGAGGCUUUGGCCGCGGAAAUUGGAAUGGUGGCAACCGCGGCGGCGGUAGUGGUGGCGGCCAAGGAGACUACCAACAGGGUGGUGGCGCCCAAAAUAUGGAGGCGGACAGAACGCUAA